GUCAUCAGUUCCUGUGUAUUGCCCUCUCGCGUGUGUGUCUAUUCUGUUUGCCUGUCGCACUCUACAGGAAGCUGCUCGUUAGUGACAUGGCUGCCGCUCCAGAUACAAAGGGGGAAUUGCAAAAGGAAUUGGUUUGUGCUAUUUGCCUGGACUAUUUUGACGAUCCAGUCAUUUUAAAAUGCGGUCACAACUUUUGCCGCAUGUGCAUUUUAAUGCAUUGGGAGGAAAACGGAGGAGACGAUAUCGGCUACCAGUGUCCAGAGUGUCGGAUGGUGUUUGGCAAAAUGAGCUUCACAAAGAACUACCUGGUGAAGAACCUGGUGGAUAAACUGAGUGAGUUUGAGUGUCUGAAGACAUGCAGGCCUCCUGCACCAGCAAAACCAGCCAAAACCGAUGGUAAAUGUGAGAGACACCAUGAGGAGCUAAAACUCUACUGCCACACGGACAGAAAGCCCAUCUGUGUGGUGUGCAGAGAGUCGAGAGAUCACAGGCUCCAUGAUGUUGCUCCUGUACCUGAAGUUGUUGAGGACAUGAAGGGAGGCCUAAAGCUGAGGCUCAUCAAACUAAACUGGCAGAAGUCCAUGUGUGGCCGAGUCAAAGCUACAGAUGAGCAAGCCAAAGCAGACAUCAAACUAAAGAAGCAGGCUCUGAAGGAAAAGAUUGAGGAUGAUGUGGGAGCACUGGUGCAGUUCCUGCUGGAUGAGAAGGACAGACUGUUGGAGAGGCUGGAGGCCGAGGAGGCAGCUACUGUAGCGCUGAUAGAUGAGAAUCUUAAACUGGUAGAAAGUGAGGCAGCUAAAGUAGACAAGGCCAUCGCAGAGAUUCAGAACCAGCUCAGCGAGGUAGCAAACUUUGAGUGCAUCAGCAAAGCAUAUUCAAGCCCCAGUCAUGUUAACCUUACAAUACAGGCGGUGAACUGUCCACCUGAUUUCACCGAGUUCACUGGACCCUUUCAGCUCAUCUUGUGGAAGAAGAUGAUGCAUGUGCUGCAUACAAUGCCACAGAACCUGACGUUGGACCUGGACACAGCACACCCGUCUUUGGCCAUUAGUGACUUCGACACAAAGGUGGAGGAGGGCCGAGCACGCUCACACGAACCCGACCUACCACGCCGCUUCACUCGCUUCUUUGGUGUGUUGGCUACUGCGCAGUACUCCAGUGGCCAGCACUACUGGGAGGUAGACGUGAGGGACAAGGGAGUGUGGUACCUGGGUGUGACGACAACACGCAGCAACCGAAAGGGCUUCGUUAGUCUGUCACCGUCAGCUGGUUACUGGAGCCUGAGCCUACACGACCGCCUCUACGCCAAUGAAGAGGACGCACGCGUGCCUGUGGCUGAUUACUGGAGCUCUCCGCGUGUCGGUGUCUUCCUUGACUAUGAGCGUGGCCACGUGGCUUUUUAUGACGCCGUCACCAUGAAGCGUGUCUAUAGCUUUGCAGCAUACUUUGACGAGCCUGUCUCGCCCUUCUUCAGCCCUGGCAAGAAUGACCCGGGCAGCCGCCUACAGAUCUGCCACUAUUACUGAGCAGAGACGCCAUUUUAGUGUUUUGAGAAGAAGAAGUCUGUUGUAAGGGAAACUGGCUGCAGCUGUUCCCUGACUACUGAUAAUGGUGUGGAAGAGAAAAUGAGACUGGGGAGAAAGUGGUGCUGUGAGAAUGAAGCUCCUGUAAUAGAAAACUGCCACUUGCGGGGAAAUAAGAAAGAAAACAGCAUUCAUUGUACCUUCAAUCAGAAGUUUUCAUUCCUUUGCGUUCUUCUCUCAGGAGGUAGGCUGCCAUGGUGUGGCUCAGACUCGGACGUUCUUCACGAUCUGUUCAUGUGAAUUAGGGAUUGUAAUACUCUACUAUGCCUGAUCUGCACAAGUUCUUAUUACUGUUGGAUUACGAUGUAGCCUUGUUGACAUUCAGGUCACGAUCCGCUGCAGGUUUUAAGCUGCUUUUAACAUCCCAUUUCACCUCAGUGUUGUUCUGUGUCCCCUUCAAAUGUGAUCUUUGACGCAAUGGAGUUUAGAUCAGUAGGGUUCAGAAGUAGUUUGCUGUGAACUUUUUAAAAAGUUCUAGGGAUAUUUUAACUUGUUUUUUUUUUCUUUUUAAUAAUGAAUUCCUCAUUUCUGUUGAAAAUGUAUACUGAUAGAAAUGCUAGUGUAUAAGACAUAAUACUUAAAUAGUCCAGGGUUCUGAUAUUGCACAGGCUGCUAUGCAAGGUUUAGCCAUUUCCAUAAUAACUAUGUAAAUAAGGUUUCUUUCUAACCCCCACUCUUUUACAGCCCCAAACUGGUUUGCUGAAAUAAGGCCUGGCUCUGAGUGCGAACUCGGCCAGCUUGGGAAAUGUGUGUAUUGCUUAUGGGGAUAGGUGUGCUUAUUUGAAUAUGUGAUAUCUGAACUCAUUUUAAUAUUUGUUUACAUAAUUAAGUGUUCAAAUAUAGCUUGUAUAAUCCAAAAUAAAAAUGAAUUACCCUGUGAUUUUUUUUAUGAUUUUUUUUUUUACUGUGCAUGUGCUAUAGAAAUACAAUCUGCAAUACAUGUCCAUAUAUACAAACCCAAGCAGCUC